AAUACUUUCCAGCGCAAAUAAUUAACCGACCCUUCAUACCCAACUCAGCCAUUCUAUACUUUUCUCCUCUCUUACCAAACCCCUCCUCCGCCUUCUCUCCCACCCAAAUCCAAACCCCAGUCACCGAUCACACCUCAUUUGCUACUCGCUAUGGCUUUAGCAAAAUUCACUUCCUCUUCUAGGUCCAAUCUCCUAAAACCCCUCACCACCGUCUUUUCCACCUCGGAUUCUUUCCGCCGUCCGAUCUCCACCUCCACCGACCCCCUCACUAUCGAGACUUCCGUACCUUUCACUUCUCACAAAUGCGAGCCUCCUUCCCGCUCCGUUGAGACUACUCCCCAAGAGCUCAUUUCUUUCUUCAAGGACAUGGCUAUGAUGCGCCGGAUGGAGAUCGCCGCCGACUCUCUCUACAAGGCCAAGCUUAUCCGCGGGUUCUGUCACCUCUACGACGGCCAGGAAGCUGUGGCUGUUGGGAUGGAAGCUGCUAUAACUAAAAAGGAUAGCAUCAUAACAGCAUACCGGGACCACUGCACUUUCGUCGGCCGCGGUGGGACACUCCUGGAGGUCUUUGCGGAGCUCAUGGGACGCCAGGCUGGGUGUUCGAAAGGGAAGGGUGGGUCAAUGCAUUUCUACAAGAAGGAAGCAGGGUUUUAUGGAGGACACGGGAUCGUGGGAGCUCAGGUUCCACUAGGAUGUGGAUUGGCAUUCGCCCAGAAGUAUUCCAAGGACGAGACUGUGACGUUUGCUUUAUACGGAGAUGGUGCCGCCAAUCAAGGGCAGUUGUUCGAGGCGCUUAAUAUUUCUGCUCUUUGGGAUCUGCCUGUCAUUUUGGUCUGCGAGAACAAUCACUAUGGUAUGGGGACGGCGGAGUGGAGAGCCGCUAAGAGUCCCGCUUACUACAAGCGUGGGGAUUACGUUCCUGGCCUGAAGGUGGAUGGCAUGGAUGCUCUUGCUGUGAAACAAGCAUGCAAAUUCGCCAAGGAGCAUGUCUUAAGGAAUGGGCCAAUUAUACUUGAAAUGGAUACCUACAGAUAUCAUGGUCACUCCAUGUCUGAUCCUGGAAGUACCUACCGUACUCGUGAUGAGAUUAGUGGCGUGAGACAGGAACGUGAUCCCAUUGAAAGGAUAAGAAAAGUGAUAUUAGCUUAUGAUCUAGCUACAGAGAAAGAGCUAAAGGAUUUUGAGAAAGAAAUACGAAAAGAAGUAGAUCAAGCCAUUGCUCAAGCGAAGGAAAGUCCGAUGCCAGAACCCUCUGAACUUUUUACAAAUGUGUACGUGAAAGGUCUGGGAACUGAGGCAUUUGGAGCAGAUAGGAAAGAAGUUAGAGCUGUGCUUCCAUAACCGAAUAUAUGCAGAAAGUGUUGAACAAACCCCACCUCAAAACCCUUUUUACGCUGCAAAAAUCAUCCAAAAAGGAUAGCAAAUAAAUAUUAGCAAAGAUGGGAAUCUCUUGCAGGCAAAAGAUUUUGUUUUCACAAUUUGUAUAGAAUACUGAUUCUUCUCAAGUUGUGGGGUGGAAUUGUGUGUACUUUUCUUGAAAGAAGCUACGGUUGGAUAUAAAGAGGUCACCAAUGUGCUCUGAGAUGCAAGAAAAUUCAUUGAUAUGACGAGUUUUUUUUUGCCUCCUGCUUUAGAUGAGCUGUUUUUUUUUAAUAUAUAAAUCAUUUUGCCAGUAGGACUGUCUUGGCCACCUGAGCUCUCAGAUAUAUGAAUGAGAGCAAAAAAUUUAUGCCUUGGUUGCUGGCAGCUUGAUUUUUUGAUUC